AUGGCUCUGCUGAAAAUGCUGUCAAAAAAUGGAGGAGGGGGUGUCUUUAUCAGAUAUGUUGAUGGAAGCUUUACAUCGAAGUCCAUCGCAACUGGAUAUCUCUCCAUCAACUUCAGAGCUGAGGCAUGUGCACUACCUGAAGCAGCUAAAGUACUAAACUUACAAGACAAACGGUCUCCCAACACCGUUUUCCUUACAGACUGCAGAUCUCUACUACAGAGCCUCCAGACACAUUGUGGUGAACAUAUCCUGUUGAAUAUCAGGAGGGAACUUCAAGAUAUGUCAAAAAGAACAGACAUAAUCCUUCAAUGGAUACCAUCCCACUGUUGCGUGCCAGGCAAUGAAGAAGCAGACAUGCUCUCAAAAACAGGAAGCAAACUUCAGCAGGUAUCUCAACCCACAUCAUACUCGGAGGUGAACACUAUCAUAAAAAACCGCUUUAAUACCAACUGGAAGAUACGGAUGGAAGUGGAAAAAGAGGAUAACCUUGAGUCACUGGGCAGAACACAGCAAGUAACCAUCUUUAGAAUGAGGACUGGCCACUGUGUCCUUCUCUCCCACCUCUAUAGACUCAGACUUGCCCAUACUGAUGAAUGUCCCCGUGGUACAGAUGCCCAAACGCCUGAACACAUUCUUCAGUCCUGUCCAUCAUAUAGCACCCUGAGACAAGAAACCUGGCCGUAUCCGGUGGGUCUGAAAGAGAAACUUUGGGGACCGACAUCGUCCCUUCGACGGACAGCGGACUUCCUGGUGAGAACAGGACUGGAAGUCUGA